AUGGGGUCUCCAUCUUCAUAUUCCCAGGUAAUCAGAGAGAGAGAGAAACAAAUAAGCGAAGAGAGAGAGAAACAUGAUUCUGCUAUGAGACAAUUAUACGAGCACACAUUGCAAGGGGAGUGGAGAGAAGUAGAGAAAUUAUACAAAACAAAACCAGAGGUGUGGAGCGCAGAGAUCACGACCUCCGGAGACACAGCUCUGCACAUGGCCAUCAACGAAGACAAAAAAGACGAUGUGGCGAGCUUGCUGGAUAUUAUACUCAAAGCCGACGACAGACAUCGUCAGAAAAAAGUGGAGGCUCUGAUGAAGGCGAAUGAGGUAGGAGACACGCCUCUGCAUCGAGCGGCCGCGAGAGGGUCCGUGGAAAUGUGCAAGUCCAUCGUGAUGGCAGCAAGUAAACUGGGCGCGGAUGGAUUAUUGCUCAGAGUUCUUAACAGAUGGGACGAGAACCCUAUCUUCGUGGCUGUUCUCGACAACCGUAAACAUGCCUUCAUCUACUUCCUCAAAGCUUUCAAUACCGUAGAGGAUGAGUUGCUUAUGUCUCCCCGCAAUGGAGAUACUGUACUUCACUCAGCCAUUCGGAGAGAGCAUUAUGAGUUGGCGUUCCACAUAAUCCGAAAAUGCCCACAACUUACGGGCAAAUGCAAUGAAAAGGGAGUGACUCCUCUUCAUAUCCUGGUCAGCAAACCUUCUGCUUUUAGGAGUGGCUCCCACCUCUCGUGGUGGGAGGCAAUCAUAUACCAUUGUAUAGCGGUAGAUCAGCUGAAAUAUGAUGAUUCUCUUCCGACAACACCUUCGAUCAGAAGCUCGGAAUUUGAGUAUAAACCAGACAACUACAAGACAUGUUAUCAGUUCCUUUCAAUUUUGCGCUGUUGUGGAAGAGUAAUGGCAGGAAGUGAUCCCGAGAACCAUUAUAACUCUCAUGUCAAGGGAAACGUUCCACAAAAUUAUGCUACCUGCUUUCAGUUUCUAUUCAUGGUCCUGCAACAUAUAUUUGGCGUUCUAGGAUUUGGAAAAACAAUUGAGGAAAUAAUAAAUGCGAGACAAAAGCACACAUGGAGUAUGCAGAUACUGGAUGAACUAAUGAGAGACACUGGGAACAUAUACAUGACUGAAGGUGGAAUUGACCCUGGCCAAGUGGAUUUCGGAUCAUCAAACGAUUCGCCUGAGGGACUUCCAGUUCCAGAGACAUUUAGGAAAACUAAACAAGAUAAGACAGGUGAGAACAAACAUGAGACUCAAAGAACUGAUACGCCCCUGUUGGUGGCAGCCCAGAAAGGAAUAACUGAAGUAGUGGAAAAAAUUCUUGAACGAUUACCAGUCUCCAUCCACGAUACCUCAUCGAAGAAGAAAAAUAUAGUGCUGGUAGCCGCGGAGAAUAGGCAACCCGGAAUUUUAGAUUUACUAGAGACACACUUGAAGGACGUAUUAAAGAAGCCUCAACUCUGGCAAGACCUCGUUCGAGCGGUGGAUACUGACGAGAACACUAUAUUACACUUAGCAGCCAAGUACGACGAAUCCAGGUCUCACCCUUGGCAAAUUCAUGGCGCUGCCAUGCAGAUGCAAUGGGAAAUCAAGUGGUACGAGCAUGUGAAAGCAUUUCCGCCAUCCCACUUCAUUUUCCUUCCCAACAACGAAGGCGAAACUCCGGUACAGAUCUUCGAUAGAGAUCACCGCAAUCUUGUCAAGAGCAGCAGCGACUGGCUUAAGGAUACGUCUGAAUCUUGUUCCGUGGUGGCUGCGCUGGUUGCGGGAGUUUCCUUUGCAACCUCGAGCCAAGUCCCCGGCGGCACCGAUGAGGAGACUGGGAAGCCAAAACUAGAAGAAAAGCCUGCGUUUGAACUUUUCGCUGUAACUGCGCUUAUUGGGCUCUGCUUCUCUGUUACUGCACUGAUCAUGUUCCUUUCCAUACUCACCUCUCGGAAACAAUACAAAGAUUUUAGGAGGAAUUUGCCACUGAAGCUUCUUCUGGGCUUAAGCUCCCUGUUUGUGUCCAUUGCCUCAAUGCUCGUCUCUUUCUGCGCUGCGCAUUUCUUCGUGCUUGAAGACAAAUUCAAGAAAGGAGUGUUCCCUCUUUAUGCCGCCACUUGUCUUCCUGUUUCCUUCUACGCAAUCGCACAGUUCCCGCUCUACCUGGCUCUUUUGAAAGCCAUUGUUAGGCAUGUUCCCCAAUCGCAUCAUUUUGGCCAUUUUUUAUGAUUUUCACACGCAUAAAUAUAUGCUUUUAGCUGCGGAGUUUCUUUCUCAUCUUCAAUAAAUGCUUUUCCUCCUACGAUUGGAAUUUGGAAAAGUAGCCGGUGUGUUAUUUGUGCUUUGUUUUCUCCAGGGGGUUUUAUUACGCACCC